UUGCUGGACUUUUGGGAAGUUAAUAAUUUGCGCCUAUAUAUGUUUCAUAAACUUCAGUUCAUAAACUCGUACCAAUUUCUGAUAUCUAUCCGGAUAUACUUCUGGAAUUUUAAAUGGCUCUGAUGAUGGUAUCAGAAAUGUUUCUGUUCAAUCCGCUUCUAUUAAUGUUUCUUUUGUUCUUGGCCGUCUCCCUUUUUCUUUCCCAUGCAAUAAAGGGGCGGAUGAAAUCUAAAACACCAAUCCAACACCCUCCAAGUCCUCCGGCAUUGCCACUCAUUGGACAUUUUCAUCUGCUUGGUCCAGAAACAGCCAAAUCCUUCCAAACCCUGGCCUCCCGCUAUGGUCCCAUCCUGCGGCUCCGGUUGGUUUCAAAAACUUCUGUAAUAGUUUCUAGUGCCAUGAUUGCAAAAGAAAUAUUGAAAGACAAUGAGAUGAAUUUCAUCUCGAGGCCUGUAGUGGGAUAUUCAUGGUUCAAUAUAUACGACGGCUCAACGUUUGUGUUCGCGGAAUAUGGGACGUAUUGGCGUUUCAUGAAGAAAUUGUGUAUGACUGAGCUUCUUUCCCUAGCACAGGUCAGCCGAUUCACUGAUAUCAGAAGAGAUGAGACGAUGAAAUUGUUGGAAACCCUUGUUAAGUGCUCUUAUGAAGGUAAGUCAUGCGAUCUUGGAAAGGAGUUUUUGAGACUCACAAACAAUUAUACAUGCAGGAUAGUGAUGAGCACGAGGUGUUCCGCCAGUGAAGAUGAGAGUAAGAAGGUCUGGGAGUUUAUUAAAGAGAUAGAAGACCUACUGGCCAAAUUAACCUUUGGCGAGAUAUUGGGUCCUUUGCUGGGGAAACUUGAUUUAUUUGGCUAUGGGAGAAAGCUGAAGACUUUGCUUUCAAGUUUUGAUACACUGGUAGAAAAGAUAAUGAGUAAGCAUGAGGAGGAUAUGCGCUUUUGUAGAAAAAAGGAAAGGAGGGAUCUUAUGGAUUUGCUCUUGGAUGUUUACAGGGAUGAAAAUGCUGAAGUGAAGCUAACCAGAAAGAACAUCAAGGCCUUGAUCUUGGAACUUUUUACAGCAGGCACCGAAACAUCAGCCAAAGCCUUAGAGUGGACGAUUGCGGAGCUUAUCAACCACCCUCAAGAAUUCAAGAAGCUUAAAGAAGAAAUUCAUAGAGUUGUUGGUUCACAAAGGCUUGUUGAGGAAUCAGAUAUCCCAAAUCUUCCUUACUUGCGAGCAGUCAUUAGAGAAAGCUUAAGACUACACCCUCCUUCAGCCGUGCUUCUUCGUAGAUGCGUGAAGGAUUGUAAGAUCAGUGGUUAUGAUAUAUUAGCGAAUGAAGGGGUAUUAUUCAAUUUGAUUGACAUCAUGAGGGACCCAAGUUCAUGGGAAAAUCCGCUAGAUUUUCAACCCGAGAGGUUCAUGGAGAAAUCCGGAGGACAUUACGAUCCGUAUCAAAUGGAUAUUAGAGGGAAAAAUUUCAAGAUGUUGGCCUUUGGUACAGGAAGAAGAGGGUGUCCAGGUGCGUCUCUGGCUUUAGCUGCUGUUCAUGGAGUGAUUGCCGCACUUGCUCAGUGCUUUGAUUUUGAGGUGGAAGGAGGGAAAGAGAUAGACAUGGAAGAAAAGGCUGGGUUGGCUAAUGCAAUGGCUCAUCCGCUUCUCUGCUACCCCAUUACACAUUUCAACCCUUUUGCAGUUCACUCGUAACGAGAGUCAGAAAUUUCUUCUCAAAAUCUCAGGCUGCUAUUCUGCUUCUCUGCUAUAUAUCCCAUACAAGAAUUCCUUAUUUUAGGUGCCAAUUGUGUGGCGUUCACUUUUUCAUGUCCUUGGUUUAUGGAACCUAUUUCACGAACCAAAAGCAUGAUGCUGAAUCAAAUUUUGGACCAUGGAAUAACUUAGGAACUAAUUCUGUGCCGAGUUCCAAAUUUUUAACAAUUCACUCAGGCUUGCUAUUAAAAAAGAAAGGAAAAAUGGAAAAACGACUCAAACUGACUUACUUACGAUU